AUGGGCAAAAAGGGAUUGUCGAAAAAAUCUGCAAGAGUGCCCAAGAGCUCUGCUGUGGAGCAGGAGAAAGCCUCUUCAUCUACACCCAAAGAGGCUGGUAGUGAUUCUUUGUCUGGACCCAAAAAAGCUGCUAAUGACUCUUCGCCUACACCCAAAAAAGCUGGUAAUGAGGUUGACAAAAUCUUUGCCGUCAAGAAGAGGAAGAACCGGGAACAGGAAAAGGCCGAGAAGCCGGCAGAAGAUGCGUCUGCAAAAGGUAAGAAAUUGAAGAGAAAGAAAAAUAAGAAAAAAGAUCCCAUAGAAAGCAAUGGGUUUGUGGGUGAGACAACUCAGCCAAUGAAGAGAACUGGGGAUGGGCUAUCUCUAUAUACAGAAGAGGAGUUGGGGAUUGGGAAUGCAAAUGCUGGAGGUACCCCUCUUUGUCCCUUUGAUUGUGAUUUCUGUUUCUGGUCCGGAGACUCAUCUUUAUUCAUUGUAAGUUGCUUCCUUGUGAUGAAGUUUUGGAAGUCCUGGGAAAAUUGUUAG